AUGUCGGCAUUACCAGUUGACUGCAGUGCAUUUGUGCGCAAUCGCCAAGCGGUCAAUGACUUGGAGAGUAGCUCUGUGCAAUUAAUGGUUGAGACCGUUACAAAUCAGUGGAAAACAGAGGACAAAAUUGUCAAUUUGGGCGUCGCAAGCUGCUUUUUAGAAGAGGUUCUAAAUGCUUGGCGUGCCAAAGCGCGUUGCAAUGUGGUGCCCGCGGAACGUACACAGGAGCUCUUCCAUGAGCUGAGUUUUCAUCCAAGUGAAAAGCAAAUUAGCGAAAUGCUACAGACAGCCAAAUUAUUGGCUCGCAAAAGCAGCCGUCAAUCGAAUGGUCUCACCUUUGGUGAAUUUUGUGUGCUAGCAGCUGAUCUAAAACGCUUUCGCGCAUCGACAUUCUCGCCAUCGAUCUGUGACAAAGUGAAUCUUUUAAGCUCUCUACAGCCAGAAAGUAAUGACAAUAGUCGUGCUGGUGGUGGCCUCUUACCCAACACGGAGGCCAAUAACAGUAGCCUGAUGUGCACCGCUUCGACAUCAACGGGCACCAGCAGCGGCAACGGCACUGAACUACGUAGUACAAAAUCCCUAAGUAAUGUCGAAGACUGCAAACGUAAAUUGUCAAAAGGUGAUACAUCGGCACCGGUCGAGGUGUUCCUAGGCGGUUCGUGCAACCCCACCACCUGGCGUGCCGAUGUAGCGAUACCGGCGUUGAAAGAGCUUGGCAUUUCCUUCUAUAAUCCCCAAGUUUCUGAUUGGACGCCUGAUCUCAUCGAGCUGGAACAUCGCGCCAAAGAGAAGGCGCGUGUUUUGUUCUUCGUUAUGGAUUCGGAGACGCGCGCAUCUGCUGGUGCCAUUGAGGCGGCACAUAUAGCGGGUCAAAACUGCAAGCAGCUGGUGUUGGUACUACAUCCAUAUAAACGUAGUCAAUCGAUUCUUAAUGAGCAAAUAUCCCAGCAAGAAUACAUUGACCUCCGGCGCAAUCAGCUAAUACUGAAGGAAUUGGUCACACGUCGUGGCCUGCCAGUUAUGGAUGAUAUACCAUCGGGUCUGCAGCGCACCAAAGAAAUUUUGGCUGGCAUUAGAGAUCCACCCUCGAAUAUAGCAUCGAUUUUAGUUGUAGUACGCGGCGCAUUCGAUCGUGUUAACCCAGUGAACGGCAUCAUUACAGUAGCACAAUGUCAACGCGCUCUCUUAUAUUUAGGUUACGCUCAGAGUCUAGUUAAAUUAGACAAUUUAAAUAAAAUAGUAGCAGCUCAACGUGAAACGCUUGAAACGUUAGAAAAACGUAGUACAAAAUCGAGUGCUCAGCGAGAUAUCAGCGGCAGCAGUAGCAGUAGCACCAAGAAGAGCGCAUCGUCCUCGUCCACAUCAUCGUGCAGCUCAGAUACGCCGACCGCUUCGGUAAACGAAUCGGCUGAUGUCGAUUUUGAUUUAUUCUGCGUGAUCUCCGCUUAUCUCUCGGUGCUGCAGCAGGAGAUACAAGAAAGUGGUUGCAUUUCGCCCAUAAAGGGAACGAACGUACCACCACCGCCCGUCUAUCUUACCAAUAUGCAAGGUGAUGAGAGCAAUUUUGCCAUCAGCUAUUUCACCAGCAAGAACAUCUCACGCACCUCAAGUCAAACUAGCGUACCCGGCAACGAUGAACGUCACAGCAGCAGCGAUUUGUUGAGUCGCAACCGCGAUAGCGGCACUUCCUCGCCACAACCAUUGGAUCAGCCACUGAAAUCUCGCUCGGCCGCUCACUUAGGUAAAGCAAAAACAAAAAUACUUGUUAACAUCGAAUCUAUAGAAACAACCGAAAUAACAACAACCAUCCAAACCGCUCAUACACCACCGACACCGCCUAAUACUUCUACUACUACCGCUACAGCUUAUCCGGGUUUGAGCACAAACACAACAACAGUACAACCGCUUACGCAAAUCAACGCCAAUGCCGCCGCCCAAAUGCACUCAGCACUCGCGGGCAUGGAUGGCAGCAACGUCACAGCUGACGCUGAGGAGAGUGAUUCAAAUGACUCCGUGUUCUCAUCGAGCAGCUCCAUUAAUUCGGUAAAUUGUAAUUAUGGCGGCGGUGAAACGCUCACUUUCUCUGGGGUGGACUUUCGUGACGUUUACCUUGGUGGUAGUUGUUUUUUGCGCACCAAAUGGCGUCAAGAUAUCGCUAUGCCGUACCUGAAGAGCAAAUGCAUCACUUUCCACUUGCCAUCGCUGCACGAGAGCUUGCAACCGUCGCAACUGGACUUGCCCGACAAAGUAUUUGAGGAUGCGCGUCAGCUGGGCGCACAGGAGACAUCACUGAAACGCACACGCCGAAAAUAUCGCGGCGCAGCGCUGGAGGAAGAGGAGGAAGAAGAGUUGACUGUAUCAGAAGAAACAUACAGUUGGGCGUUGCCGCCGAUGCGGCCGUAUCUUUUCAACCCCUCGCUGUUAGAUGCCAGCCGGGUGUUGCUGUUCGUCAUCACCAAUGAGACACGCUCGCUGGCGCCAAUGACGUUGGCGGCGCAUUGCAUUGGGCUGAUGUACAAUGUGGUUUUAGCUGUGCAAAUGCUGCCCGAGGACUGUGUGAUAAACAAUGAAAAGCUCACGCCGGCUGCUAUCAAAGAUUAUAAUCGCGGUCGGUCGUAUCUAAUUGAUUUGGCCAAACGCCAAGGUGUGCCUGUGUUCAACGAUUUGAAGGCAGCUUUGGAAUGUACUGUGGAUAAGAUAAAAGCGUGUAACUCCAGAGGCAGUCGUUAUGAUUGAAUGAGCUCUCAUAUGCAUAUGCAGUUGAAUCACCUGUAAGCCUUUAAAAGUAAUCUGUCUACAAUUGAACUUUGACAGCAUUUAGGGUGAGACGCUCCAAAUACAUACAUAACUAUACAUACAAACAUAAAUACGACGAGUACCUACUACAUGGGCAGCAGAUUUUAGCAGAAUUUUUUCAACAACAUAUACUAUAUUUAGAAUACAUACUAUCGGAUCCGCGUGAAUUCAACUUUUACUUAACUACAUUUGUAAUAGUUUAGUGUUUUUAUGUUUAAAAUUAUGAAGCUUCAAUUCUAUGCAUCAUAGUUACAUAGCGAAUAAGUGAAGAUUUAACCCAUAUACGUGCAUAAUGUACGCGACAGAUGCCUUAACCGUGCGCCAAUCUACUAAUUCGUACUAUGUAAGUCCUUGUUUAAUUUAAUUUAAUCACUAUCUAAUAUAAAAAAAUAGUACAUACGAUUAUCGUCCUGUAGUGCAUAUAUCGGCAAUGUAAA